GUUGAGAUCCCAGGAGCGCCACAGCCGCAGCAGCAUCGACCAGCAUGGCCAAGGACGCCACGAAGACGAAGCGCCCAGCUCGUGGAGCAGCGCAAGACGCAUCGACUGAGCCGAGGGCCAAGAAGGCCAAGACGGUCAAGACUAACAAGUCCUCGACACCUGCCCCGGCGGCGGCGCAAGCGGUGCCAGCGGCUGCUGAAGCGGCUACGACUUGCCAGGCAGCGGAGCUCAAGGCGCUCCUUGCCCGCUUGCGCAAGCCCAACGGCCUGGUCUUGAGUGACCGGGCUUUGCGCGAUGCAUGCAUAAAGCUGGGCAUCGACCACGACGGCGCGAAGCUUGCCAAGCUCAAGCGCAUCCGCAAGUGCAUCAAGAAGGUCACGGCCGCGCUCGAGGAUGACUUUAUCCACGAGCGCAUCGCUCAAGAUGCUGCGACGCUGAAGAAGCCCAGAAGCGGAAAGAAACAGGCCGUGAAGGCGGCGACGCAAGUCGUCGACGAGCGCAAGAAGCCUUUGCCCGAAGCCCAGCCAACGCAAGGCAAGACCGGUGCAUCCACGACAACCUCUGCCGGGCAGUCGGCGUGGUUCCCGACCCAAGGUCAUGUGAUCGACAUGAACAACCCCGAGACGCUCGGCGUGCUCCUGCGUCGCCAGCGCAACUUUUGCGACGACGACGUGAUCACAUCCCGCGGUGUUCUUUGCGAACUUCCAGACUUUCGAGCUGGGUUUGGACCCCUUGCCGACCUUCGACGCACGACCCUCGACGUCAAACCGACGCAGAUUCCGGGCCCACCGCACGUUGAAUCGGAAGGAAUUAUCCUUCGCUCUCCCUCGCACCAAACGUAAGACACAUCAGCUUGACCCACUCGUUCCAGCAGCCAACGCAACAUGAACGCUUCAAGUUGUGUCUAGUCUUGUGCGAACCGAGACGCCUUUAGGUUUAAUGAUAUGCAACAGCGUUUUUGGCUUUUGUUG